AUGAGAGACCCCAGUGCCGCCCUGCUGCCCACAGAACCCCCGGAGCCUCCAGCACAGAGCAAGCAGACACUGAAGCUGAAGCCUUCGGUGUGCCCAGCUCCUGGAACCCUCCCGUGUCCAAUUCCCCGGAGCCCUGGCAGUGCCCGGUUCCUUCUUUGUCCCAGGCCGGGCUGGGGGGGGCCCUGGCACGCCCAGCAACCACCAACGCAAAUAGCCGCUGCCUCCUCCGCCCGCUGCCGCCCGGCGCACGCCGGGGCUCCAAUUUCCCGGCGUCAGCCCCCGCCACCGCUCAGCUGUCGUCCCCCUCUGCCCUGUCACUCCGCUCGCCACCGGCCCGGUCCCCCUCUGCCCUGUCACUCCGCUCGCCACCGGCCCGGUCCCCCUCUGCCCUGUCACUCCGCUCGCCACCGGCCCGGGGCGGUCCCCGCACGGAGGGCUGGGGGCUCUGCGGCCAACGGGGCCCCGGCACCGGCCGCCCUUCGGGGGCUUCUUCAGCGCAGGACGAGAGCUCCGAGCACAGGCAUGACAGAGAAGGAGGUGCCAGAGCCACCAGCUUCACCUGCUUCAGGUGGGAAACCCAAGAGCCGGCAGCUGCAGAAGCUGAAGCAACUUUUCCAGCGGAAAGCGAAGGAGGAGCCGGCGCCGGAGCCGCAGCCCAACGGGGAGCUGGUCAGCCCCUCGGGGGGACCCAUCUACUACAUCUACGAGGAUGACGAAGAGGAGGAAGAGGAGGAGGAGCCCGAGCCCCCUCCCGAACCCGAGAAACUCGUUAACGACAAACCCCACAAGUUCAAAGAUCAUUACUUCAAAAAGCCCAAAUUCUGCGACGUUUGCGCCCGCAUGAUCGUCCUCAACAACAAAUUUGGCCUGAGGUGCAAGAACUGCAAAACCAACAUCCACCACCACUGCCAGUCCUACGUGGAGAUGCAGCGUUGCUUCGGCAAGAUCCCCCCCGGGUUCCGCCGGGCGUACAGCUCCCCCCUCUACAGCGACCAGCAGCUCGCCGGCACCAAGGACCAGCUCGCAAACAGGAGCGACCCCGUGUUCGAGACGCUGCGGACGGGCGUCAUCAUGGCCAACAAGGAGCGCAAGAAGGGGCAGGACGACAAGAAGAACCCCUUGGCUGCGAUGAUGGACGAGGAGUCGGAGGCCACGAAGCCGGUGGGGAGCAAAGCUGAGGGUGGUGCCUCUGAAGGGGACAAGAAGGCUGAGAAGAGCCCGACAGAUGACAAGAGCAAGAAGCUGCAGCCAGGGGGGUUCAUGCAGUCCCACUAUUUCGUGGCACUUUAUCGCUUCAAAGCCCUGGAGAAGGAUGACCUGGACUUCCCGCCGGGGGAGAAGAUCACGGUGGUCGAUGACUCCAACGAGGAGUGGUGGCGGGGGAAGAUCGGCGAGAAAAUCGGGUAUUUCCCCCCCAACUUCAUCAUCCGGGUGCGGGCAGGCGAGCGGGUGCACAAGGUGACGCGGUCCUUCGUGGGCAACCGGGAGAUCGGGCAGAUCACGCUCAAGAAGGAUCAGAUCGUGGUGCAGAAGGGGGAGGAGGUGAACGGUUACGUCAAAGUCUUCACCGGCCGCAAAGUGGGGCUGUUCCCUGUGGACUUCCUGGAGGAGAUCUGAGGGGGGCUGAGAGGGGGGGACCCCUGGGAUGGGGGACAGAGAGACCCCCGGGAUUGGGGACAGAGAGACCCCCGGGAUGGGGCAGAGACACCCCUGGGAUGGGGCAGAGACACCCCUGGGAUGGGGCAGAGAGACUCUGGCUGCGGGGUGGGGAUGGGGACAGGGACACCCUCG